GUUUCGCACGUGAAACCGGUUAUAAACCGGUUUUUCUGACAGACGUACGGGUUCGAAAUAUACUGAAGAUCUGAUUCUUUUUGUUCGCAAUAAGUCCCCAUUCCUCAAGAUACAGUUCUUUUAGUCACAACACGAUACAUGCCACCAACGUCACCGAUGGGAGUAAUAUCGGAGUCUGCUGCCGCCCAACUUCUAGAUUUUUCUCAGCGCCUCGAUAUUGGACUUCUAGACCGUGUCGUAAACUGUAUGUACCAUGAAGCAGGCGACCAACAAAAAAUCGCAGAGAAAGUCCUGAAUACACUCAAGGAACAUCCGGAUGCAUGGAUGCGCGUGGAUUCGAUUUUAGAAUUCAGUUCAAACCAAGAAACGAAAUAUUUCGCCCUUCAGAUACUUGAAGCAUUAAUCAAAACACGUUGGAAAGUCCUAGCCCGACCACAAUGUGAAGGUAUCAAAAAGUACAUCGUUGGUUUGAUAAUCCAAACAUCGUCCAGUUCGGAGCUCUUGGAGUCGGAAAAGACGUAUCUUGGCAAGUUAAAUAUGAUUCUGGUUGAGAUAUUAAAACAUGAAUGGCCCAAUAAUUGGUCAACAUUCAUUAGUGACAUUGUUGGGGCAAGUAAGACAAAUGAAUCUUUAUGUCAGAACAAUAUGGUCAUCUUGCGUCUCUUGAGCGAAGAAGUUUUUGACUUCUCUUUGGGUCAAAUGACUCAAACAAAAGCCAAACAUUUAAAAGACUCUAUGUGUCAACAGUUCAGUUUAAUUUUUCAGCUUUGUCAAUAUGUCCUGGAAAAUUCCCAAAAUGCAUCUCUAGUUGUGUCGACGCUAGAGACGUUACUUCGUUUUAUGCAUUGGAUUCCCUUAGGAUAUAUAUUUGAAACUAAUCUAAUACAAACCUUAGUAUUUAAAUUCUUCAAUGUCCCUCUGUUCCGAAAUAUUACUUUAAAAUGCCUUGCAGAAAUAGCGGGUGUAUUAGUUGACGAAUAUGAUACCCAGCUAGUAGAACUGUUUGUUUCUACUACGGAAAAACUAAAAGAAAUGUUGCCUUUAGAAACACGACUAAAAGAGGCGUACGAGCGCGGAAGUAAUGAUGAACAGAAUUUUAUCCAAAACCUGGCAAUUUUUUACACAACAUUCCUCAAAGGUCAUAGCAGUCUCGUCGAGAAACCUGAGCUUAUUUGGAAAUUACAAGAUGCUUAUGCUUAUCUUUUGAUGCUCUCGGAAGUCGAAGAAAGGGAAAUAUUCAAGAUUUGUUUAGAAUACUGGAAUAUUUUAGUUUCUGAUUUAUAUCGAGAAAGUCUUACAACUACGGUAGUUGGAACAUUGGCUGAAUCCACCACUGGUGAAGGUCGAAGUAAACAAUAUGCACCAAUUUUAUCUAAGCUUCGAAGAAUCAUGAUCUCACGCAUGGCUCGUCCUGAAGAAGUACUUGUAGUUGAAAAUGAACAUGGUGAGGUUGUCAGAGAGUUUAUGAAGGAUACAGACAGUCUUAAUUUGUACAAGAGCAUGCGCGAAACAUUGGUAUACCUAACUCAUUUAGAUUAUUCUGAUACAAAGAAGAUUAUGAUCGAGAAGUUGCAACAUCAAGUAGAUGGACGAGAGUGGUCAUGGCACAACCUUAACACACUUUGUUGGGCGAUCGGUAGCAUCUCUGGUGCUAUGCAGGAAGACGACGAAAGAAGUUUUCUAGUUAUUGUAAUUCGAGACCUUCUUGGACUGUGUGAACAAAAACGGGGCAAAGAUAAUAAAGCUAUUGUUGCGAGCAAUAUCAUGUACGUUGUUGGUCAAUACCCUCGAUUUCUGCGCGCACACUGGCGAUUCUUAAAAACUGUAAUUACAAAGCUUUUUGAAUUCAUGCACGAGACACAUGAAGGUGUGCAAGAUAUGGCUUGUGAUACUUUCAUAAAAAUUGCUCAGAAAUGUCGGCGACAAUUAGUAACUGUACAGUACGGAGAAGCAGUUGAAUUUAUUGAAGAGAUUUUAAAGGAAAUUGAUAUUAUAAUCAAUGAUUUACAACCUCAACAGGUUCACACAUUUUAUGAAGCCGUAGGAGUGAUUAUCAGUGCCCAACUUGACUCAGCUGUUGAAGCUAGACAGAUAGAACGACUUUUUCGAUUACCCAAUCAAAUUUGGGAUGGGAUUCUUGUUCAAGCUGCAUGCAAUAUUGACCUGUUAAGAGACUUUGAAGUUGUACAACAGCUUUGUAAUUUACUGAAAACAAAUCACAGUGCUUGCAAAUCCCUCGGACAUUCUUAUCUUGUUCAGCUUGGUCGCAUUUACCUGGACAUGUUAAAUGUUUAUAAGAUAAUGUCCCAAAAUAUUGGCCAGGCUGUGGCUACCAAUGGAGAGCAAGUGACAAAACAACCACUUAUUCGCAGUAUGCGAUCAGUCAAGAAAGCGAUAUUGAAUCUAUUAUCUUGUUGGAUAAAAAGGACUACUGAUCCUGUUUUUGUGGCAGAGAACAUUUUACCUCCGCUAUUAGAUGCCGUAGCUGACGACUACCAAAAAAAUCUUCCUGCUGCUCGAGAGGCCGAAGUUUUAAGCUUAAUGGCUACCCUUGUUAAUCGUCUUGAAGACCAUAUUCUCCCAGCUCUGCCUCGUGUUUUAGAUGCGGUCUUUCAGUCUACUCUAGAGAUGAUCGAUAAAGACUUGGAAGAAUUUCCUGAACAUCGAACUAAUUUUUUCACUCUUCUACAGGCUGUAAAUGCGCAUUGUUUUUCCGCUUUGUUAAGCUUAACAUCUGAUAAGUUCAAACUGAUUUUAGAUAGCGUUAUUUGGGCAAUCAAACAUACUAUGCGACAAGUAAGUUCUCACACCUUUCAUUCUUAUUUUGACAGUUUUAAUAUCACUUUGUGGGUAUCAAACAAUACUAAAGUUUUUAUGUUUUUGAGGAUUUUUUUAUAAACACUUUACAUGUAUGAACCAUUGUGAUUUUUGUGACAUGGCACAUAAUCAUCCUACACUAAUUCGUUGAACCUCACGAACUAUAUUUGUGCACAUCACUAUUUACCAAACAGUCGGUGUUCUGAUGGGUCAUUUUCACUAGAUAAUUUGGUUAUAUUCAAUCUGAUUUUAUUUCGCUCGAGAUCGUACAUGAAGUAUUUAGUGGUCACUUAUGCACAAUGUACGCAAAUAGACCCUUAAGGUGAUAUCUUUUCGAAACCUGAUCACAUGGUCCAUUGUUUUAGUAACGUUAUUUAUCUUAUUUCAGUAUUAUUACUUAAUUCUGCCAAAGUUUUGUUUCAAGGGUAUGAUAGAAUAACUGGGAUCUUCCCAUUUUGAGUAUUAUGCCUUUAUACCAUACAUUUAAAGAGCAUGCUGUCACAAAUAUACUUGCUAACUGUAGAUAUUUCAGUAGGAUCACUGGUUGGUUUGUUGGAGUUUCUAUAAUCUUUUCUAGAGGUCACCUCAUGAUCCACAUUGGUCUAUGCAACCCUUUGUACAAGUUGAUUUGUUAACAUACUUGGAUACUGUGUUUAUAAAAACUAGCUUUAAAAAAAUCCUACAUUUGACAGCAGUACGUUACAUUUUGAUUAUUUCCGCCAGGUCUGAAUCCUACUGUUCUCUUGAAUUUGUCUCGAAUCCAAAAGUAGGAUUUUGUAAGCUUUAUCGGCUUCCUAUGGAGAUAGGUUUAAAGUAAUCGUUCCGCUUACACAGCCCAGAUAGAAUUUCGGCCAUUAUUUCUUGAAUAUUGACUGUAAGGACUUCUAGAGGUAACUCGUCACAAACUGGUAUUCUUUCUGAUUUAAUUUCAAUGAUUUCAACUUUGGUUAUGUUUAAUGGCUUGAUACUAAUAUUUUGUCUGUCUUCUGAACUUAUGGUUCUUAACAGUUAUUGUGUGUACUUCGAUGUAGAUUUUGUUUUGCUUAUGUGGACUCAUAAUUUUUGGAUCUACAUAAAAUGAGUGUAUGUAAAUGGAUAAGAUCGGAGAACGGUAACUAGAUACAUUAGUUGUUCUGGAUUUGGACAAAAGUUUAGUAUUUUUAGCUAAGUACAAAACGUUUUCAUACAUAAAAAUUUUUUUAAAAAAACGUUGACCAAUUUUUAUUUCCAGGUCACUAUCAAUAUCGAUAUGAAGUACUAAACAUGACAACGGGUAAACCAGAGUAUAACUCUCUGUUAUAUUCCUUACAUCAUUUGACUGGUUCCCCAAACCUCCCACUUCCGUAUAUGAAGUAUUGCUAUUUUUGUUUCCUCAAAAUAACAGACGAUGACAAAUAAGUGAAUUUUCGCCGAUUUAUUUUAUUCACUUAGUGUGAUGGUGAAUAAUUUUCCAGCAUUAUUGUUAUACAUAAUGAGGAGUAACUGUUCUGGAAAUGAAAUUCAAAUGUGAUUUGCACAGAGAAAGUUUGGUUCUUUACGAAUGUUUACCUUGAAGAUACACAGGAUAUCUCGUCUCACGUUAACUGUAUAUCAUCUGUUAGUGAAGUCUUCGUUAAAAAAAACGACUAACUUUCUAAGCUGCGAAUAGAUUAUGUAGAUAGAAAUCCUUUUGAAAAACAAUACGUUUGAAAGCUAGAAUUUUUUUCAAGCCGAAGAUGACUUAUUUUCAUUAUUGGUUACAAACACAAGAUCCGACAAAUUAAUCGUUCACAUUUGACGUUAGCGCUGAUCAUUGUGGUGCAUUUUUAAUGAAUGGAAAUGUUAAUUUCGUUAACAAUUGACUUAUUCAGUCUCAGAAACGGGACUCAAUAUCCUGCAUACAAUGCUUGUAAAUAUGUCUAGCGCGAACUCCGAAAAACGCCAGGUAUUCUUUAAAACAUUCUUUAUGGAUAUUCUUCAACAUAUGUUUGCUGUCAUUACUGACCGCUCCCAAACAGGAAGUGAGUAUUUGACAAACCCAGUAACUUCAAUCUGUAUGGUCAGUUUUUUGUUUACUUUAAAGUUCAUAGAUAUUUCAUUUCCCAAAGCAAACAAGAUUUGUCUGCAGAUUAUCUUUAGAAGCUUACUGACAAGCUUCUAGCUAUUAUUUCGUAUUAGAUCGCACACCUUAAAAGUGUAUUGUCACAAUAUCAGCUCACAUGACUCGUAGUGCGAUGUAAAUGGAACUCAGUAGUUCAUCAUAAGGGAUCACCCUAAUGUGUUGACUUGCAUACGACUAUGUAUUCCAUGCCAUAACACGUGUAACAUAAAUUUUUGCAAAUUAGUAACUGAUUCAACCACUUAUGAGCAAUCUUUCUUUCGUGUGUUAACUUAAAAUUUUAAGUGGUAUAUUUUAUUUCUUAUAAAUUUUCCGCUUCAAAUAAGGAGCGAGUACAAGCCUGUAACUUUAUUGCUGAAAACCUGCAAGUUACGAAGUCACUGCCUUAUGAUUGCACACAAAAUAAGGUCUAGGCAUGCUACUCCCUAAUAAAUUCAUUCGAUAAUAUCUAUCGAGUUGCAAAGAAUUGUAUCCGUAGACACACAACUGUAUCUAUUUUCACUUUACUAAUCUUAGCACCUUUGUUAUCCCAGCCUAAUCAUGAAUAAUAUAUUGUUCGAUCAGGGAUGUAAUGUUGUGAAGCCUCUCAUUUAGUAGGUGUUUCGGUAUAUCUGUUAAUAGGAACCCCCAUUAUAUUUUAAAUGUGUUAUCGUAGAUAUCAACUUGACUGUUUCUCACGAUUGUAAUACCUUUUAGAUUUAACUCUUCAGUCAUCGUUGUUGGCUUAUAUGUUUAAAAUAGUGGAGAACGACAUAAUCACAGUCCCUCUUAGUGAUGCUCCAGAGUCAACGACCGUACAAGGUUCAAAAGUAAAUGUACAAUAUGUACAUCAAAGCUUGAGUCAGUUACUAAAGCAAGUAUUCCCUCACCUUCAAGAAACACAGAUUCGAGUUUUCAUUGAUGGACUAUUUUCAUUUGAUCAAGAUGUAGCAGCAUUUCGUGAACACGUACGCGAUUUCCUUGUUCAGAUACGCGAGGUCGCUGGAGAAGAUUUAUCUGAUUUAUAUUUGGAAGAAAGAGAAGCUGAGAUUGCUCAGGCACAAGCAGCAAAACUAAGACGUCAAGCUUGUAUUCCUGGGAUUUUAGGUCCCCAUGAAGUCGAUAUGUGUGACUAGUUGAAAGACUUUUCGACCAAUUUUUAGUGCAUUUGAAUAUUUAAGUAAAAACUAACAUUCCCUGAAAUCCUACACAUAUGUGACAACAUAUAUGUCAUUUCGAUGGUAACCAAUAAUUUUUCCCUAUAUACUGUUGCAUUAGAACCACUGGAUUCAUUAUUGUCAAUAUAACUUUCCCAGAAUACAGUAUCCAAACAAGGCAGCGUUCCACUUGUAAUGCAAUACUUACAUUAAAUCUUUGCGAAGCUAUACAGUUACCCUAAAAUAAUUCUUAUUUCAAU